AUGGUCGAAAGGGAUGGCAAACAAAUGUGCAUAUACUAUAUUAUCGGGGUACUAGCGGGCCCUGAAACGCGGUAUCCAACACUAGAAAAGCUGGUACUUGCAUUGGUACACGCCACCCGGCGCCUCCGAAGAUACUUCCAAGGGCAUCGCAUGCAAAUUAUAACAAACUAUCCCCUGCAGCAAAUUUUGCAUAAGCCAGAAAUCUCUGGAAGGUUAGGUAAAUGGGCAAUUGAGUUGGGAGCCCUAGACAGCAAUCAAGGGCAGGCAAUCGUCGACUUCUUAGCUGAAAUUCCUGAGGGAGAAGUAAUACAAGACCCCGUGGUCAAUGAUAUACCCGAAUCUAGCACAGCCAUGCAAACCUGGAAGUUAUACACAGACGGGUCUUCCAGUGGAAAAGGAGCCGGAGCGGGCCUUAUGCUAAUAAGCCCGGAUAAAAUAAAAUUGAUGUACGCCAUGCGGUUUGACUUUGAAUGCUCCAACAAUGAAGCAGAGUAUGAUGCGCUGUUAGCGGGUCUGAGAAUGGCCCAGUCCAUGGGAGCAACAAGGGUCGACGCAUAUGUUGACUCUUUACUGGUCAAUAACCAGGUGAAUGAGACUUAUGAAGCCAAAGAUGAGACAAUGGCAAAAUACUUGGCUAAAACCAAGGAACUCAUAGCUUCUUUUGACAACGUCACACUCAAUCACGUCUAUCGAGGAAAGAAUCAAAUAGCUAACCCCCUAAGCAAGCUGGCUACUUCUGGCAUGGAAAAGGAAGUGAAGGUGGAAACGCUACAGUCACCUUCCAUAGAGUCCAGGGAAGUGUCCGCCGUCACAGCGGAGGAACCUUGCUGGUACACUCCCAUUUUAAAAUUCCUCACAAAAGGGGAAUUACCCUCCGCCAAAGGCGAUGCCCCGAAGAUACAAACAAGGGCGUUACAAUAUGAGGUAAACAACGACGUCCUGUACAGGAAGUCGUAUUUGGGACCAACAUUACGAUGUGUAUCCCCAGCGGAAGCUAAGUACUUGAUCCAAAAAAUACACGCCGGUAUAUGUAGCGUUCACGCCGGACCCCGGGCAGUCAUUGCUAAAAUCCAAAAUGCUGGGUACUAUUGGCUCAUGAUGCAUGAAGACGCGGUAGGUGAACUCAGAAAAAGCCGCAACUGUUAA